AUGUCUCGUAUGCGUAAAGAUUUAUCGCUUGCGCAAAAAUUAGAAAUUCUAGACAAAAUUAAAUUACAGCCACUAGGCUGUAUUACUCGUCGUCUGUUGGAAAUUUUAGAAGUAUCGAAAUCAACAAUCGCACGAAUUCAACUACAAGAACAGUUUUUGCGAGAACAAGCUCUUAGCCAAGUGACAACCCAGAAAAGAAAACGAGAGGGUAAAGAUGCAGAUGUAGACGAGGCACUGAUUCAAUGGUUUACAUUGGCUACUAGUUGGGGCGUUCAAAUGUCGGGUCCUAUAUUAAAAGCUAAAUCCGAAGACCUUGCAAGGAAACUUGGUAAUGACGAAUUCAAAGUCACCAAUGGCUGCUUAUCUAGAUGGAAAGUAAGAUAUGACAUAAAAUUUAAAAUAUCACAUGGCGAAAAAGCUAGUGCAAACUCAGAGUGUGCCGAUGAAUGGAAACUUACAAAAUUACCACAGAUUCUUGCAAAAUUUUCUUUCGAUGAUAUUUAUAAUGCAGAUGAAACAGGAUUAUACUAUCCUGCAACCCCAGAUGGUUUUCUGUGA